CAAUCUCAUCGUCAACAGCAACUUUCAACGGGCUUGUCCCUCUUUCCCGUUCGUAUUGAUGGGUGAGAAGGUUCAGCCCUGAGUGAUGGAUGGAGAAAGGGUGGAACAUUGGCGGAACAGUCAUCAGUUCGAAAGGAAGAAAGAAGGGAUGCAAGCAAGGUCUCCACCGUGCUAAUUCUAUUAUUACUACGCGACGAUCAUCCUCAUCAAUAGCGCAUGCUGCAGCGUCGUCAGCAUUCGGCAGGACUCCGCUGUAAAAUAAUCAGAAGAAGAACACAGUCAGUCAGACGCAGAUCACAGUGGAGUCGAGUGGAUUGUACAGUACAUGCACACUCCCUCUUUCUCGAUCUCGACCUCAACCUCUCCUUCUCUCGCUCGCUCUCUCUCCCCGGCGGCUGGCCACUACAUACACAGUACUACUAUUACCACUACUACCACCACCACCACCACCACCACUGCUACUACUACACGCUUUCACUACUACUUUGGUCUUUUCACUCCGCGCGCUUGUUGUUGACCACCGCCUCGUCUCCCCUUCUCUUCCCUCCCUCCUCCCCCCUCCUGCUUCGGGAAUCGGCCAUUCAUCCUUAGCGGAAUCUACUUCCGGUCUUUCUUUGUCGGUUCUAGGUCGGUGGCUUACACGGUCAGCAUCAUCGUCGUCGUCGUCGGCAGCAGCAGCAGCACCACCACCACCUCCUCCAGCGGCG